UUUAAGUUAUAAGUGUUCUGAAUGCUCCUCUUAUUGUGCUUAUUUAGGAGGAUUCAGCAUAUAUUUUUAAAGCAAUCUGUUUGUUUUUUAAUAAAUGGGGAAGCAGCAUUAUCUAACGUUUAUAGUGGAGAACUCAGAGCCAGGAGACUUGUGUUUUGUUCACCAUUUUUUACUGACUUACUGUGAUGUAGAAACUUUUAUUCCUGACUUAAAACAAAUACUGUGAAUUUAGUAUUCCUAAAGGCACUGGAUUAACAGCCUAUGUAACUGGAGUCCUUUUAAGAAGUCCAUGUAUUGUGUAUGGAUGGUGUUCAAGCAAGCAUCUAGACACUGCCUAUCAUCAAAGAGGAAAUCUCUGGGAAUUAGAAAUUAGUUCAGUUCUCAGUCUCUGCUAAGACUGCGGACAAAAAUUAAUUAGUGCUAACUAGCUUGGUGUUUUGUUUUUUUUUUUUCCCUAAUAUGACUGUCUCUGAAAAGUGGACUUAUUUCAUGUAAACUAGCGAAGUAGAUGGUAGAACUUAUAGUUAACUUUUUAAUUGCAGCUGAGGUUGAGCUAGAUAUGUUUCAUCAUUCUAGAAGUGAAAACAACUAUAUUCCAUUACCAUUCCCUCAAAGCAUCCAGUUUCCCUAAAUUUAUCUAUUAUGUUGCAGAUUUAUUUCACGAGUUGACUCCAAAUUUUGUUAUACUCAAAAUGCUUAAACUGAAUGUAUUUCAGCUCCACUUAUUAAAAGAGGAGCAGCUUGAUUUUCAGAGAGUCUAGGUAUAUAUGGUUUAGGACAAACUUGUUGAUUUUUGGUUUCAGUUCUAUGUGCUUAGCCCCUCUCAGAAUCAGGCUGAGGAUGUUUGUUGGUUUAGAAAUACUUUUAAUAUUUUAGUUAUUACAAUAAUGUUGCCUGCUAGAGCAGGGAUUUAGAAUUUUUAACAGAUAUAGUUAAAAGUAAAUUGUAUAUUAAGAGAUAAGAUACAAUAUACAUCAAUAUACACUAUAUGAAUGUUUCACUUUAUCCCUCACUGAAAAUAUUUAUUUAUUUAUACAUUUUAUAAUGAAGUAUUUUUUUAACAGGGUCUUUGUUUCAUUGGCAUUGGUGCUCUGAUAAAGCAAGAAAGCAAUCAACCUCUGAAAUAUUAUAUUAGUUCUUAGAAUUAUAUCAACAGAGACACAAGGACAUUUGAUCAUUUUCAUUACUCCAUACCUUGAAUAUUUUGAAACUUUUUAAAGAAAAGUCAUGUAAUUGAUUAUUCCACUGUUCCUGAUAGGAGGAGGCCUCCACUUUUGAACAAUCUUUAAAGUAUUAACAUGUUUAUUUGUCUUAUUUGAAUUAAUUUUGUGUAAAAUCUGUAAAUUAAAAAACAGAAAACUAGAUGAUGCUUAAAGUCAUCAUCUUGAAAUCACAUUUACCUCAAAGUUUUAUACCUAUUAUACUUACAAGUAACCCCUUAAAUUAGUGUAAAUUUUUUUAUACUUUUGUUUUAUUUUGUUCAUCUAACAGCACUUUGCGUAGUCAGUUUCAUUCUUCUCCUGUAUAGUCAGUUUCCGAUACCACAAAGAUUUACAAAUGGAAUUACUCACUUUGGUAGAACAAAUCAUGUCCAGAAAUCUUUGCAAGAUUGAGGACUUAAUUGGAAAAACAUCAACAAUGGAACAGAAAAUCCUGUGAUUUUUUUUAAAGGAUUUUUUUCAUGAAAAGAACCAGGUCAUUAAAGAUGCUUUAUCAGAAAAUUAGUCCGUUUCAGGAUAUUAUAAAAUAGUCAGAUUCAAAAUAUUUAAGUUGAUAGCACCCUUUAAUAGACAAAACAUUGGUUGUCUUAGCUCUCCCUUCCUUCCUUUCCUUUAAAAGGUACAUGGAUAGUUGGAUUUAGUUUUAUGUCUGAAACACCAUUCUGAUAUCAUGAGCAUGCUCUAAUAGUACAUGCUAUAGCUGCUUCGUAUAAAAAAAUUGUAUUAACAGCCUGAUACAGGUAAACUUAUUAAUCAAAGGUAUUUGUAGAUUCCUUUCUAGUUUUGCUAUUCUUGGUAUUCAUUUUCUUGUUAUGUUGGAUAUCAUGCAGUCAUCUUGGGUGGGAGGCGGUAAAUGUUAUACAGUACGUUUAUUCAGGACAUCUUUAACAAAUAAGGGCUUGAUCCUGCUCCCACUGAUUUCAGUAAAGCAAGAUCAGCCAUAAAUUCUUUAAAUUAAAAGGAAAAAGGCCCUGAAAGGCUUAAGCUCAUCCAGAAGAAGAGAAACUUAAACUUGGAUCCCUGAAAGCAAUUGUGUCUUUUGCAAACUCCCUUACCAUUUACAACCCAAUCUUUUUUUUUUUUUUUAAAGCUUGACAUAUGCAAAAGAUUAUGUAGCCUCCUAUUAUUUCACAUUUUCUUUUUUAAUCUAUAUUAAAUUACAGAAAUUUAAUUUUGCAAUACUUUACAUUAGUAUUUGUUGAUUUUUAAUGUUAAUCAAUUAGCUGCUUUAUGUCUAUUUAGUUCUGUUUUCAGUAGCUCCAGUAUUGUUCUGACUCAUUCAAAGACUUCUGAGAUUCACAAGUUUCAUCAGUGACACCAAAAAAACCUGCUGCAGUUGAUGGAUGAUGUUGGAGAAAAAUUAGAUCAUAUUGGAAGCACACCUUUAAAAAUCAGCACUGAGGUUUCACACGAUGAUGUUUCUAAAGACGACGGGUUUGGUUCAGAAGUUAUAAAAGUGUAUAUAUUUAAAGCUGAAGCUGAGGAUGACGUGGAAAUAGGAGGAACAGAAAUUGUCACAGAGAGUGACUUCCACAAUGGACAUUCUGUAGCUGGAGUAAUUGAGCAGGGAGGUGUAGGCAGAAUGCAGCGAGAGAAGAUGGUUUACAUGGCUGUUAAGGACUCUUCUCAGGAAGAUGAAGAUAUUAGUUGUGCUGAAAUAGCAGAUGAAGUUUAUAUGGAAGUCAUUGUAGGUGAAGAGGAAGCAACAUCACUUCCUGACACACAACUUGAAGACACCGGUGUGAAUAAAACUUUUGUUCCUGUUGCUUGGGCUGCUGCUUAUGGAGAUGAAAGAAGACUGCCCAGAAGGUAUGAAGACUGUCAAGCAGCAGGAAAUAACUUGGAUACACGAUUAGAAAACAAAAAUGGUAAUGCAGCACAGUACCUGCAAAUCUGUGAUAGCAUUAACACAAAUAGAGCGCUUAAACAAAAAGCCAAGAAGAGGAGGAGGGGAGAAACCAGGCAGUGGCAAACAGCUGUUAUAAUAGGUCCUGAUGGACAGCCCUUAACUGUCUACCCUUGUCACAUAUGUGGGAAAAAAUUUAAAUCCAGAGGAUUCCUGAAAAGGCAUAUGAAGAACCACCCAGAUCAUAUGAUUAAGAAGAAAUACCAGUGUACGGACUGUGACUUUACAACUAACAAAAAAGUAAGUUUCCACAACCAUCUGGAAAGCCAUAAACUUAUAAAUAAAGUUGACAAAACCCAUGAGUUUACAGAAUAUACAAGGAGAUACAGAGAGGCAAGCCCAUUGAGUUCUAAUAAACUGAUAUUGAGGGACAAGGAGCCUAAACUACACAAGUGCAAAUACUGUGACUAUGAGACUGCAGAACAGGGACUGCUGAAUAGACAUCUGCUUGCAGUUCACAGCAAGAAUUUUCCUCAUGUUUGUGUUGAGUGUGGGAAAGGAUUCCGUCAUCCAUCUGAGCUUAAAAAGCAUAUGAGGACCCACACAGGGGAAAAGCCAUACCAGUGUCAGCACUGUGUCUUCAGAUGUGCUGAUCAAUCUAAUCUGAAAACACACAUAAAAACCAAACAUGGGACUGAUUUACCAUUUAAAUGUGAGCAUUGUCCCCAAGCAUUCACAGAUGAAAAAGAACUUCUUCAGCACACAGAGUUAUUUCAAGGACAUAAGACUCAUCAGUGUCCACAUUGUGACCAUAAGAGCACCAACUCAAGCGACCUGAAACGACACAUUAUUUCAGUUCACACGAAGGACUUUCCCCACAAAUGUGAGGUGUGCGAAAAAGGCUUCCAUCGUCCAUCUGAGCUCAAAAAGCAUAGUGAAACCCACAAAGGUAAAAAGAUACAUCAGUGUAGGCACUGUGACUUUAAAACUUCAGAUCCUUUUGUACUUAGUGGGCAUAUCCUCUCAGUUCACACCAAGGACCUGCCUUUUAAAUGCAAAAGGUGCAAGAGAGGAUUUAGGCAGCAAAACGAACUUAAGAAGCACAUGAAGACCCACAGUGGAAGAAAAGUGUAUCAGUGCCAGUAUUGUGAAUAUAGCACUACGGAUGCAUCAGGCUUUAAACGGCAUGUAAUAUCAAUACACACAAAAGACUAUCCACACAGGUGUGAAUACUGCAAAAAGGGAUUCCGUAGACCGUCAGAAAAAAAUCAACAUAUAAUGAGGCAUCACAAAGAGGCCAUAAUGUAAUAUAUGAUGUUGAGAAGGAAGCAAUUUAGAAACUGUGAUAUGCUAAUUGGGGAAAAAAAUCUCAUGAACUGUUUCUCCUGGUUUCAAAGCUUGAUAUUAAAUCAUAACUUUACAUUCUUUGUAUUAAAAGUCUUAAAAGUAUUAAGGUUGACAGGGAUCUCAUAGUCCUAUGAUUGUGGCUUAUCAGAACCUAAAGAGCACUAUAGAAUGCAGAAAGAUGGAUGAAUGUCUGAAAGGUUGCAGAAGGAUUGCUGAAUGUCUUCUAUUAAUAGUAUUAUACAUUGUUAAGCUACAGAAGGGAAAAUGAAGACGAUUGUGUUAUCCAUUUCAUCAGUAACAGCAUUUGUCUCCAAUAUGAAAACUGUUCAGUUGUGGUGGGGUUAUUUACAAACUUUUUGUCAAGGCAACCAAUUCAAACUUCUUAUUCAGUUUUGAAAAGAAUAUAAGUCAAUCAGUUGGUCAUUAUGUUUUUAAAUUGUGCCUGGAAAUUGUAUUCCAGAAUCCGUCAAAUUUGGGGGUUUCUCCCCCCCCCCUUUUUUUUUUUUUAACAUUUCAUUGGGAAACCUUUUUGUUUCCUUUAUUAGUCUAGGUUCAGUGAGUAAUUUUUUAAAACUAUUUUCAGAGCUGCUAACCUAUUUUAUGGCAGGAUACGAUGUUAAAAAUAUUGCAUUAUGUUAUGAGCUCAAAGGUGGUGUUCCGGUGCUAGGGUUAAAAAUAUGUAUGUAUAUAAUUUCCCUUUUUUAUCUGAAACUGCAGUUGAAUGUUCAGUAUGGCACAUGACAAAUACCUUUGAAUCUGUCAUUUUUUUAAAAGGAAAAAAUGAAUGCAGCUGAUAGUGUUGUCUCAACACUGUUUUGUUUUGUUUUUUCUUGCUACUUUAAGAUCUUCUCUAAAAAGAGUAUUAAAAAAGAUUCAAAGAACACAAUAGUUUUUUUGAAUUAAAAUACAAAAUACUUAGAGGUUCUUUAGGGCAGUAUUUAUAACAGGUAUGGCUAGUCUAGUCCUACCUGCUAAUAUAAAAUUUUCAGUAUAGACAUAAAAUUGCACCUUUUAAUCAAUUCUUUAAAAAUCUCUACCAUACUAUAAACAUGCAUUUUCAAUCUGUAAGAAAGUAUAUAUGCAGUAUUUAACCAGAAAAAUAUGCUGCCACUAGAGUUUGGAGGUGGAUCUUCAGUUUACAGUGUAUACAUUUAAAAUAUGCAUCCCUUUAAACAAUGCUUUGUGUUAGCAUGCUGCAAAUCAAAUGGCGCUUAAUAUAACAAGCUGGUCUAGGGCUAUUUAAUGAAAAACCUGUUCAUAAAUGUUAUGCAUAUAAUGUGUACUUUUUUACUUUUAGUUGCUUCAUGUUUGCACACAGCUGUUUACAUGAUAAAUUGUAACUUUACUUCAUGCUAUAUUGUGGCUUUGUGUUUCAGAUAAUGUUCAUAUUUUGUUUUUGCACCAGAUGAGAAUCAGUUCCUUGAGAAUAAAUUUUUUUUAUAUUUCUAAACUUCAGAAAGCUAAAUUGGGAAAUCUCUUAGAAAAAUAAGUGUUUUAUGUGGCUGUAAAAAAUGAUGUACACGCUGUAAAAUAAGAUUGUCACUGUUACGUGGGAUUAUUAUUUCUAAAUGUGUUACUCAUCGUAAUGAGCAUACAAUAAAAUGCAUCUCUUGCACUCCAA